AGAUCUUCCGCCAUCGCCCCGGGGUCACCUCCAUACAAAAUAACUGCAAAAUGUAUUCAGGUGUCUUGAUAGGCGAUAUUGUUGAGCGGAAUACCGACCAAGUUAAGCCACCCCCAGCAUUCGACGAACAUGAAGUCUCAGCCACCGGCUUCCCUGCACACAGAAGGCGGCCUCGGGUGUCAGCCUUCGAACAACAGCGUCAAGUGACACCAGGAACGAAUGCAUCAGCAACAGGGGGAGCAGCGGCACGGCCUAAUAGCGAGUUAAGGAGUGAUGAAAACGCGGCCAACCAAGACUUCGAGGCAGAGGAGCGGCGGCGCAUCGAUCGCGAGAACAGAGCCAAGCUGGAGAACAUGACACCUGAGGAGAUUGAGAAAGAGCGGGCGGAACUGAUGAACGGUCUCAGCCCAGCAUUGUUGGAAAGGCUACUCAGAAGGGCAAACAUAGACGAGAAGGAAGGGCAUGACCCCUUCAGUAUUCCUGAGUCCCCAGCCGAAUCAUCACAAGCGCCCAUUUCGCAUCCGCCGGAGAUAAAGGUCGAAGCUGAAGCUGAUCUUACACCACCGGGGGAACGUGAAGCUUCGUGCACCUCUGCAUCUGAACCCUCGCCUUCACCUGCUCAACCGACGCCCACAUCACCGAAACCAACAGCCGAGACAGCGGUUCAAGUUGAGGACCGGCCGCCAGCCCAGCCGCCAGCGGACCUCUUCCCCAUCAGCGAACAGCCCCCCACCGGCAGCACGCAUUUCCCGGCACCACCAGCUUUACCAGACCUCAAUCCGUCCGACCCCGACUUUCUUGAUACUUUACACAAGAAGUUUUUCCCUACUCUCCCCGCCGACCCCAGCAAGCUUGCGUGGAUGGCACCGAUCCCUACAGCUGACAGCCCCGCCGACCGGGACUCGCCCUACUACCCGGGCCAAGAAUCCCUCCCCAUCUCGGCGUUACGGUUCGACUUCCGGGGGGCCCUCCUGCCCCCGCGGCUCAGCCGCACUAUUCCCGUAUCGAAAGGCCUUCACCAUCACGGCAAGGCGCCCGAGGCGGCAGGGUAUACCAUCGAAGAGCUGGCGAUACUGGCGCGCAGCGCUGUGCCAGCUCAGCGGUGCAUCGCGUUCCAGACUCUGGGGAGGAUCCUCUAUCGUCUCGGGAAAGGGGAGUGGGGAACAGGCGAGGAGGAUACGAUGGCGAGGGGCAUAUGGGACAACAUUAUGGAGGGGAGAGUGCUGGACAGCCUAGCCGAGGCAGCCACGAAUGAGCGCGGGCAUCGAGGGAGCCAAGCGUAUGCCAUGGAGGCACUGUGGCUGCUUGAGAGAGGGGGUUGGAAAACGAAGUGGUCAGGAAGAUAAGUAAUGUGGGUAUGGGAAGUUUACGAAGAGAAUUCAGAGGGAGAGCAUGUUCACGAAGUAAUUACGAUCAAACAGGAUAAUCCAAAGAUCCAGAAAAGUGACGAAAUAUGGGUAGGUAUCUUAUGGUGCUUGAAUCAAUUCGAGACGAUCUUCGGUAUCUGUUCGUAUCCGUAGGAUCGUGUCCGCAAAUACUGUGUAAUUAAUCCUUAAUAAUUGCUAGGAGUUACAUAAUGUGCCAG